AUGGCAAGGACCCGCCGGGCUGGCACCCUGCUCCUCGGCCUCCUCCUCCUCUGCAGCUCCGCGGCGGCCGGACCUACGUUCCUGGUGGUAGCUCCCUGGAGCAUCAGACCUGGAGCAAACGUGACCGUGGGGGUGGCUCUGCUGCCGGACAGCCCAGCACAGGUCACUGUCCGGGGAGAAGUCAUCAGGGAUAAUGAGACUGUCCUCAGAAGGGAGAUGGUCUUUGAGAAAGAUUCCUUUGGGACUCUUGUUCUUCCAGCACUGCCUUUGAACAGUGCUGCUAGGAACUAUGAGUUGCUGGUGGAAGGCCAUGCUGGGGGCCAGCAGGUCUUCUCCAACCGUACCAGCCUCACAUAUGUGCCAAAGAGCAUUUCUGCCUUCAUCCAGACUGAUAAAUCCAUCUAUAAGCCAGGACAAGAGGUGAUGUUCCGAGUUGUCACCAUCUACCCUGACCUGAAGCCUUACCAAGCAUCCCUGAACAUCUACAUCCGAGACCCUCGGAAGAAGCUGAUUCAGCAAUGGUUGAUGGAGGAGGGAGAUCUGGGAGUAGUUUCCAAGAAGUUUCAGUUAUCAAUGAACCCUCCCCUAGGAGACUGGUCCAUAGAGGUGGAAGUGAACGGUCAAGUUCAUUAUCAAAGAUUUAAAGUGAUGGAAUAUGUUUUACCAAAAUUUGAUGUUACAAUAACAACACCAAUGUACUACUCCCUGAGAGAGGAGGAGGUCACUGGGGUCGUCACUGCCAAGUACAUGUAUGGAAAGCUAGUAAAGGGGACUGUGACAGUCACUUGCCUCUCUCUCUCUUACUGGACAAACAAGAGAAACAUAACCACAACGCUGCAGAUAAAUGGAUCUGUGAAUGUAACCUGCAACAAGGUUAUGCUGCAGAACUUGAACACUGAUCACUUGUGGCACCAAGGUGACAGUGAAUACACAGAGCCCAUAGAAAUCAUUGCAGUGGUCACAGAGUCCCUCACAGGAAUCUCCCAGAACUCAAGCACCAUCAUAUUCCCAAAGCAAAGUGACUACUUUAUUGAGUUCAUGGACUACUCCAGAGUUAUAAAACCUUCCCUGAACUUCAUAGCCACUCUGAAGGUGACACGCUCUGACAGCAACCAGCUGACAGCUGAGGAGAGGCAGAACCUUGUGACAGUCACUGCUCAGCAGUCAGACCUGCUGUUCCAUGACCCUGCCAUCUCUCACCUGGAGAAUGAGGCAACAGAGGAGAGAAAUCUCACAGUCCAUGUCCUGAAUUACACAGUCCCAGAGAACGGAAUCAUUGAUGUUGAGUUUCCAGUCUUGCCUGACACAAAAACCCUGAGGGUUCAGGCAGAGUUCCUCAGCAGCAGGACUGACAUUGGUGUUUAUGAUAUCUUCAAUUCCCCCAGCCAGACCUACCUCCAGGUCGACACCAAGAGCCAGGACAUAAAGGCUGGGAAGCCUUUUGAGCUGAGCAUUGCAAGCAAUAAGCCAGUGAGACAGUUCCACUAUCUGGUGUUGUCUAAGGAGGAGAUUAUGGAUUUUGGCACAAAGUCUGCAAAGACCUUCACUCUAACAGCAGAAAAUUCCUGGGCUCCUUUGGCAUGCAUCCUUGUAUUCUAUGUUGAUGAACUUGGGGUGGUUGUAAAUGAUGUUCUCUCCCUCCCCAUUCAGCCAGUUUUGGAUGACAAGAUUAAAAUCUCUUGGAGCAAAGACAAGGUCAAGCCAUCUGACAAAGUCUCCCUUAAAAUCAGCACGACAGAACCAGGAUCAGUGAUUGGGCUGGCAGUUGUGGAUAAGAGCACAAAGCUCCUAGGAGAAAGCAGUGACAUAACAGAGGAUACUGUCUCCCAUGAGCUGGAUUUGUACAGCACAAUGCAGUACUUCCCCCUGGUCAGAGGGUUUUUUGGUGUCUUUCAGAAAUGCAACCUUUGGGUAUCAACUGAUGCAAUUCUUGAGGAGGAUAAGGAACAUUUUCUUUAUGGAGGAAUGAUCCCCAUAGAGGAUGGUUUUGGUGAAGAUAUGCCCAUAGCUAAGAACGGACCUCCUGAUUUCAGCAAUCUCUACGUCAGGACACAUUUCCCAGAGACUUGGCUUUGGAUCGACACCAAAACUCGAUCUGGGACAGACACCACCCUGGAAGUCACUGUACCUGACACCAUCACAUCCUGGGCAGCCAGUGCCUUUGUGAUCUCUCCACAAGGAGGCCUUGGAGUGACCACUGCUCCAGUGGAGUUGGAAGCUUUUCAACCCUUCUUCAUUUUCCUGAACCUGCCCUAUUCUGUCAUCAGAGGAGAGCAGUUUAUUCUGGAAGUGAACAUCUUUAACUAUCUGAAAGAAGAAGCUAAGGUUACUGUGAUUCUGGAUGUGAAUGAGGCUUUUGAAAUUCUCCUGACAUCCAGUGAAGUAAAUGCUACAGGGAAUCAAGAGUCUGUAUCUGUACCAAGUGAAGAUGGGAAAACCCUGCAGUUCCCCAUCAAGCCAAAGCAACUGGGAGAAAUUCCCAUCAGAGUGACAGCAAUAUCAUCUGCUGCUUCUGAUGCUGUCCUCCAGAAAGUGUUAGUGAAGGCUGAAGGAGUGGAACAGACCUAUUCUCAGACAGUCCUUUUGGACCUGACUGGCAAUAAACCACAAGCAGUGUCAAAAACUUUGGAUUUCACUUUUCCUGCUGAUGUUGUCAGUGGCAGUGAGAGAGUACAGGUCACUGCUGUUGGUGACCUGCUUGGGCCUUCCAUCCAUGGCUUGUCAGCACUGAUUCAGAUGCCUUACGGCUGUGGCGAGCAGAAUAUGAUCAACUUUGCCCCCAACAUUUAUGUUCUGCAGUACCUGACUAAAACCAGGCAGCUGAGGGAGGAGAUCAAAUCUAAAGCUGUAUCCUUUAUGAGGAAAGGCUACCAGAGAGAGCUGCUCUUCCAGAGGGAUGAUGGCUCUUUUAGUGCCUUUGGAAACCAAGACCCCUCUGGCAGCACAUGGCUAUCAGCUUUUGUGCUGAGAUGUUUCCUCCAAGCUCGUCCCUUCAUCGACAUUGACCAAGAUGUGCUCCUGGACACAGCCAAGUGGAUUGUUCGCCACCAGAAGCUAAAUGGAGAGUUUCAGGAGCCUGGGAAAGUCUUGCACAGUGACCUUCAGGGAGGCACCAACAAUCCAGUGUCUCUCACAGCUUAUGUCAUGUCCUCCCUCCUAGGCUUCCCAGACAAACAGCAUGCUUAUGUCAUCAAGAGUGCUACAAACUAUCUGGAAGACAAACUGGAGGAGGGCAUUGUGGAGAACUACACCCUGGCACUUGUGACAUAUGCCUUGUCCUGGGCAAAAAGCACAAAAGCAAAGGAAGCCCUGAAUGAACUGAACCAGAGAGCAGAGCACCAAGGAGAAUUUCGUUUCUGGGUCACACCUGCUGCUGAGAUGUCUGACUCAUGGCAGCCAGGGUCCAUUGACAUUGAACUGGCAGCAUAUGCUCUGCUCUCACACUUCUAUCAAGACAGAUUAGCUGAGGGCAUCCCCAUUAUGAAAUGGUUAAGCCACCAAAGAAACCACCUCGGGGGAUUCUUGUCUACUCAGGACACAGUGGUGGCCCUGCAAGCCUUGAGUCUGUUUGCAACUCUCACAGCUGUGGGCAAAACAGCAAUGGAUGUAAGAGUAUCAGCACCUUCUUGGAAAAGCCCAGAGACCUUUUCAAUUGACUCCCAAAACCGCUUCCUGCUGCAGACCAAGGAGAUUGCUCCUGCACAGCCAAUGACUCUUACAGUGGCAGCAGAGGGAACAGGAUUUGCUGUCUUCCAGCUCAAUGUUAUCUACAACACCAAACACCCUGAGCAGAGGCUCAGAUCUGCCCAGAAACAAGAAGCCUUUGACUUGAAUGUUGAUGUAAAGGAUGACAAAGAAGAUCAAAACCAUUUGACUGUGAAUGUGUGCACAAGGUACCUGGCUCCUGGCACAGCUCCCAACAGCGGAAUGGUGCUGAUGGAGGUUGGUUUACUCAGUGGCUUCUCCGUGCCACCAGAUUUCAUUCCAUUAAACCACAGAGUGAAGAAGACGGAGAAGGACAAUGGAAAAGUCAACCUCUACUUAGACUCUCUCAAUGACACACAGCUUUGUGUGGAUAUUCCAGCUGUGAGAGACUUCAAAGUGGCAAAUAUCCAAGAUGCUUCAGUGUCCGUGGUGGAUUACUACGAACCCAGGAGAAGAGCAGUGAGAAGCUACAAUUCAGAAGUGAUGCAGAGCAUAACCCCCUGUGACUUCUGUGAGAGUGACUGCAGCCUCUGCCCCCGAGAUGCUUCUCCAGCCUUGCUUCAGCACUCUCCAGUGGCCUCUUCCUUCUGUGUGCUGUUUGUCCUUCAUGUAAACUUGCUGUGCAGUUGGGUGCUGUAA